AUGGGGGCGGGAUGGUCGGACUCGAACAACAUUUACAUCUUUGUAAAUGAGCCAAUUUACUCCCCAGGCGAGCAGGUGAAUGGAGAGAUCUUCGUGAACGUCGUCGAGGACAUAUCGGGCGGCCGGCUCAUGCUCUACCUGGAUGGAGAGGAGGACGUCAACUACACAGACACGCAGGGGCUGCGGUCGACGUAUGUAACGGAGAAGAAGCUCUACUACACGGCGUCAAAGAAUCUGUACACAUUCGAGAACGGCGUUCUGCCGGCGGGGAAGUACCGCUUCCCUUUCUGCUUCGUCCUGCCGCCGGCGAUUUGCCCGAACUGCAGCGUUGCGGGCCUCGUCGGCAAGGGUACCAAGACAGCGCGGUACGCGGGCUACGUGACGUACAAGAUUCGCUGUCAGGUGGAGGAGACGGUCACGACACCGCCGCCGGAGCUGUCCAGCGUGUCGCCGCCCGUGGCGAGCGCCGGUCUGUCGAUCUUCACGGGUCGGAUGAACGACGCGGCGUCGUACUUGUCUGACGACUUCGAAGUCAUCGAGGUCUCUGGCGACACGCCUGAACAGUUCGACAACCUCAUGAAGGAGGCCCCCCUGAACGGCUUCCUGCGAAACAAACUCUCAAAGUCCGCACGGACAAAACCCGUUGGCGACCUCGUCCAGGAGGUCGAACUGUCCAUCAAAGUCCCGACAGAGGAGCCCAACGUCACGCAGAGCGACAUCGUGCAGCACUUUCGAACGCUCGGAUGCGUCCCAUCUGGCUCGCUCGCCACGAGCGUCACUGCCGAUCGCCUGAGCUGCUUCCCGGGAGACGGUGUGACCGUAAACGUGGAGAUUCAAAACAGGACGAGGAAGCGAAUCAAGGAUGUCGAGGCGUGCGUGGUUCGCGAGGUGAUCUUUUCAGUGAAUUCGCGCGAGAAAUUCACCGCGAGAGAGGUUGUUGCCUCCGAGAAGGUCCCCGGCAUUCCCCGCCAGAAGGAAGCCAAGGCCUCAGGGCGCGAAAGCUUGCACAUCACCGUCACCAUGCCUCCCGGAACCCAGCCAACGAUGUCGAGCACGCUGCUGCGGCUGCAGUACAAGCUGGAGGUGGCUCUGAAGCUGGGCGAGAAGCCGUUUGUCUCCUCCCUGGACUUAGUCGUCCUGAAGAAGUCGCAGACGCAGAACGAGUACCUCGCAAGUCUCAAGGCGCCGCGCGGUUGGGACGGAGUCGCGCUGUUGCCUGGAACCGACCUCGCGAUGAUCAAAGUGCGCGGCGCGCCGAGCCCCGACCGCGGCGAGUACACAGGCAUCGGGACAGUUAUUUUUUGA